AUGUCUGUCAUUCUCUGCACAGCUGGUUACGACCACACCAUACGGUUUUGGGAGGCGCUUUCGGGCAUCUGCUCGCGGACGAUCCAGCACCCAGAGUCCCAGGUCAACCGGCUCUGCAUCACCCCCGACAAACGCUUCCUGGCGGCGGCAGGGCAUCAUACGGUGAAGCUCUACGACAUCAAGUCGACCAACCCGAAUGCCGUGCUCACCUUCGAGGGCCACAUGGGCAACGUGACGGGCGUGGCCUUUCACUGCGAGGGCAAGUGGAUGGUCACGAGUUCCGAGGAUGGUACCGUCAAGAUCUGGGAGACGAGGAGUGGCACUGUCCAGAGGACAUACCACCAUGCGUCGGCCGUCAAUGACGUCGUGAUACAUCCUAAUCAGGGUGAGAUUAUAAGCUGCGAUAGGGGUGGGAGCGGCAACGUCUUCAUCUGGAAGCUGGCCCAGAGCCUUGAGCGCACAAACAUCCUACCCCUAGCGCAGUUUAACGCCCACAAAGAAUACAUCACCCGCGUCCUUCUCUCUCCCGACGUGAAGAAGCUCGCCACCUGCAGCGCUGACCAUACGGCCAAGAUUUGGGAAGUCCGCGAUCUCGAGCCCGGCCAGAUGGACCAGUUGCCUCCCAACCCUUACCCGCUCGAGGCCACACUGACCGGCCAUCAACGUUGGGUCUGGGACUGCGCCUUCUCUGCCGAUUCGGCCUACCUGGUCACCGCCUGCUCAGACCACUACGCCCGCCUUUGGGAGCUCUCUACGCAAACGAUUAUCCGGCAGUACAAUGGGCACCACCGGGGAGCCGUCUGCGUCGCGCUCAACGAUUAUUCGGAGGCUAGCGGCGGCAGCGAUUCUAUAGAUGACGAAGACAGCGAUCCAACCCCGCGAGCCGAGCAGACAGGGGCCGAGAGGUCCCAGGCUCAGGGUUUCCCGCUCCCUACCCAAGAAGACGACGAUAUUACCCCCGGGCCUCGGUCAUUUCACACGACCCAGCGCUUAUGCAAGAUGCCGGUGCCCAUUGAGGCCCACCCGUAG